AUGUUCACGGCCUUGUUUGGUAAAAGAAGGUCCUCACCGGUGGAGGACGAAACCCCUGCCAUUCCCGGUCCAAGAGCAGAAGACGGCUUUGUUGUAGUGGAUCCGUUAGCGAGUGGAGGACUCUACCCUAACGUCAGCGGACCAACAUAUCCUCAGAGGCAGGCUCCGCCAGUUCCACUUCGUAAACACAACACGAGCGACAUCACAUUUCACUAUCUGGAAGGGGUUCCAUUCUCUUUAUCCAAGGAUUUACACAUGUCUGCAAAUAAAGAUGCUUUUGCUUCCGAGAUUGGAGACUUUUUAGCCUUCUUAACAAAUAAAAUCAACUUUGACUCGUGUAAUUAUGACUUUUCUGUUGAAAAGAGUGUUCUGAAAGAGUAUUAA